CUCGACUCUCCACGCCGCCCAUCGCCCGCGCACCCAACGCAGCUCCCCAUCUCCAGCUCCAGCACUUCUAGCUUUUUAGCUUUACCACCCACUCCCCCCCCGCAUCCAAAAUGACUGGAGGCAAGUCCGGAGGCAAGGCCAGCGGCUCCAAGUCCAGCGCCCAAUCUCGUUCGUCCAAGGCCGGUCUCGCCUUUCCCGUCGGCCGUGUCCACCGUCUGCUCCGCAAGGGCAACUACGCUCAGCGUGUCGGUGCCGGUGCCCCCGUCUACCUCGCUGCUGUCCUUGAGUACCUGGCUGCCGAAAUCCUCGAGUUGGCCGGCAACGCCGCCCGCGACAACAAGAAGACUCGUAUCAUCCCGCGUCAUCUCCAGCUCGCCAUCCGCAACGACGAGGAGUUGAACAAGCUCCUUGGUCACGUCACGAUCGCCCAGGGUGGUGUCCUCCCCAACAUUCACCAGAACCUGCUCCCCAAGAAGACCACCAAGCCUGGCAAGGGCCCGUCACAGGAGCUCUAAGCGAUUUUCUUCGGCGCGGUCUCGGUGUUUUGAUUUCUCUAUCAUGAUAAUGGGGUUCGGUCUGGGUCUCGGUUCACGGGUUUUCCAUGGGGUUUGCAAUACCAGAGCUGUACAUUAGCCCACGGAUGAU